UACCACCAAAUUCAUAACACAUAAAUACCCCCAAAACCCAAUCCUUGCAGUGCACCACCACCAACACAAUGGACUUUCUCUCUCCACUCUCCUCUCUCUCUCUACCCACCAUCUCUCUCCUCACCCUAACCAUCUUCUUCCUCCUUCUAAAGCUCAUCUCUAGCCUAAGAUACAAGCUCCCUCCAGGACCUAGGCCAUGGCCAGUGGUUGGAAACUUAUAUGACAUUAAACCAGUCAGGUUCAGGUGUUUUGCAGAGUGGGCUCAACACUAUGGCCCGAUAAUGUCUGUUUGGUUUGGAGGCACUCUAGAUGUAGUGGUUUCUUCACCAGACUUGGCAAGAGAGGUUCUCAAAGAGAAGGACCAGCAAUUGGCAGAUAGGCCUCGGAGCAGAUCAUCUGCUAAAUUUAGCAGAGAUGGGAAGGACCUCAUUUGGGCCGAUUAUGGGCCUCACUACGUGAAGGUCAGGAAGGUUUGCACAUUGGAGCUGUUCACUGCAAAGAGGUUAGAGGCUUUGAGGUCCAUAAGGGAGGAUGAGGUCACAGCCAUGGUGGAGUCCAUCUAUAAGGAUUGUGUGAGCCCAGGAAAAACAGGGGAGAGCCUAGUGGUGAAAAACUACUUAGGAUCUGUGGCCUUCAACAACAUCACAAGGCUAGCAUUUGGAAAGCGUUUUGUGAACGCAGAAGGGAUCAUGGAUGAACAAGGGAAGGAAUUCAAGGACAUUGUGGCCACAGGGCUCAAGCUGGGAGCCUCCCUAGCCAUGGCCGAGCACAUACCAUGGCUAAGGUGGAUGUUCCCCCUUGAGGAGGAGGCCUUUGCCAAGCAUGGGGCCCGAAGGGACCGGCUCACUCGUGCCAUCAUGGACGAGCAUACGCGCGCUCGGGAGUCAGGCAGUGCUAAGCAACAUUUUGUCGAUGCGUUGCUCACGCUACAAGAGCAGUAUGACCUGAGUGAGGACACCAUCAUCGGCUUGCUCUGGGAUAUGAUAACAGCAGGCAUGGACACGACGGCCAUAUCGGUUGAGUGGGCAAUGGCAGAGCUAAUCCGAAACCCUAGAGUCCAAGCUAAGGCUCAGGAGGAGCUCGACUCAGUCAUCGGUCAUGAGCGUGUGAUGACAGAGGCCGACUUUCCUCGCCUUCCAUACCUCCAUUGCGUCACUAAGGAGGCCCUGCGCCUUCACCCCCCAACCCCUCUCAUGCUUCCUCACAAAGCCUCUGCAAACGUGAAAAUCGGUGGCUAUGACAUCCCUAAAGGCUCUAACGUGCUCGUGAACGUUUGGGCCAUAGCACGAGACCCAACUGCAUGGAAGGAGCCCUUAGAAUUCCGACCUGAGAGGUUUCUAGAAGAGGAUGUAGAUAUCAAGGGCCAUGACUUUAGGCUCCUACCGUUUGGAGCGGGUCGAAGAGUCUGUCCUGGAGCUCAGCUCGGGCUCAACCUCGUCCAAUCAAUGUUAGGGCACUUACUCCACCAUUUCAAAUGGGCCCCGCCAGAUGGUGUGGACCCCUCUAGCAUUGACAUGUCGGAAAAUCCUGGCCUGGUGACGUACAUGAUGCACUCAGUUAAGGCAAUAGCCACCCCUAGACUGCCCCCCCACCUGUACACACGUGUGCCCACACAAAUGUGAGAUCUCUACCAUCUACAUCACUGGGGAGGGUGGUGAUACGGAUGGUCGGUGGAGAUGUUUUCCGAUGGCAGCGUGUGUGUUGAAUUCGAGGCAUUGCAUAUGAAUCCAAUAUUCGGUAUGUAGGUUUAUUCUUGUGCACGGCACGUGCGGGUGUUUGAAAGUGAUAGUGAUAAGGCUCAAACGUGGCGGGAAAACUUCAACGGUCAAAAAAGGCGGGAGUAUUGAUGGUUUAAAAGGUUGAAGUUUAAACUCUUUUUGUUUUAUUAAUUCUAUGUUCUUAUUGGGCCUUGUUUGUAUAUAUCAGUAAGAGAUGAAGACUUAUUUUCUCUUUUGUUUUUUA